ACCCCGACACUCAGUUCGGCAUGCUGGUGCCAGCGCGCGGCGACGCUGCCUGCAGGUGGUGCCAGGACUUGCUCUGCCAGAGCUUGUACGACCACGGGGGCGUCAACCACGUCAGCAUCGACGGCGGCUGUAGCAUGCUUGGCAGCGUGGACGACUUGGCGCAGCGCCGCACGGACAUGGACAUAUCCUUGGUGGUUGGCGCCCCAGGGCUCGCAGGCAUCAAAGUGACAGCAUCCGUAUUCGAGAGUUGGUCUCGGUCAGGGCAUGUCUGGGUGCAUACGCCGUCCUUGAAAGACGCUUUGGGGCUCCCAGGCGAGAUGGGUGGUUGGCGUUUCUGGCAGCGCAAGAUGCCCGCUAUCAAGACCAUGAUCGAAAAGUACGCGUUGGCCCCGCAUGCGUUUCGCACUUCGAUGCCGUACGGGAGGCUUGCUCAGGGUGCUUCGGUUGCGAGGUGCUUGACGUGUUGCUCAAUUUCUUUGGAUUGCUUGCUGGUCGUGUCGGCUCGGGGGUCCCACGGUGAGAUCAAGUCGAAGGGCGGGAUUGAGGAUGAGGGCUUCAG